GGUGGGGUAACGUAGCCGUAACGCUCGUUAAGUGCGAGCCGUAAAGGGAUCAGUUAUUUACCAAAAGUGUAUUUAUUGGUUGUAGCGCGGUAAGUAACUAUGACUAGUCGUGAGAGCAAAGACAAGGUUUUGUUUUUCUUUUUUCUUUUUUCUUUUUUUUUUGUAUUUUGUAAGUUCGUGAACUCUAAGAUGCCAUUUACAACGACUAAAUAAGCUUAACGUUAGCUAGCUAGCAGGAUAAGGAUUUGUUUAACGUUCACUGUAGCAGAGGCAGUAGUUUUGUGUAAAUGACCUUAGUGUAUAUUCCUCAUAAUCCACAGAAAAAGGGAUGGAUCGAGACAGAGGGUUUAGCUUCAAACUCCUGGUGCCGCCUCGCGUCAGCCACGCUCACGUGUCCGCCGUGAAACCCCAGGAAAUACACGACACCUCAAUGCAACAGGGCUUUAGGAAAUGUUUUGACAAGGAACAACAUAUUUCCAAUAACAAAAGCAUACUUGCUUCAGCCAAGCCAAACCAAAGGCAAGACUGUGUGAAGAUGAAAGUUGUUCCACCGAUGGAAAAGGACAAGAAUCACAAUACUGGGCAACUUUAUACCAAGCUGUUUGAUGAGGUUGAGAAAAUAAAGUGCUGGAAAGUGAAAGUUGAUUCUGACACAGUGCAAAAAGAAAAGAAGCUCUCUGAAAACAAAAGAACAAUUGAAACACAGCGAAAAGCCAUUCAAGAAUUGCAGUUUGGAAAUGAAAGUCUUAGCGUAAAACUGGAGGAGCAGAUUAGUGAAAAUGAAGACCUUAGAAACAGAAACAACGCAACACGAAACUUAUGCAAUAUUCUGAAAGACACAUUUGAGCGUUCUAUUGAGAAAAUGCAUUUAUUUGAAUGUGAACGAGAGGAAACACAUCAUCUCUUGCUGGAAUACCAAGAGAUCCUUCAGAAACACAUUGAAACAUUGGAAGCCCUACAUCUCAAAGCAGAGGCUGACCAAUCAGAACUGCAGAAAGGCAAAAACACUAAAGACGAGUUAAUACAGUUUGAAAAUCAGCAAAAAAAAUUACAACAAGAAAUUGACAUGAAGGAGGAAGAGGUUGAAACUCUUCAGGCUAAGCUUCGAGACAAUGAUAGAAAUCUGAACAAUGUGUUUGCUGAGCUCCAAGACACUAAAGAACACUGCAGGAUGCUUCAAGAGGAAAUAGAUCAUAAAAGCGACCUCCUCAGAAGUUCAAAUGCUGAACACGAUUCCCUCAUAAAAAAAUUGCACGAAACAGAGCAAGCUAUGACCACUCUGCUCGCAAUGACUGAAGAAUAUGAAAAAAUUAUCCGAACCAAAGAGUUAAAUGUACAAGAGCUGACCAGAGAAACCACACAUCAGAAAGAAACAUUUGUGCAAAUGCAGAGGAGUGUAGAUGACCUGCACAAGUUACUGGACUCUGAGAAACAUAAGACUACAGAACUGGAGAAGCAAGUAAAUGCUAAUAUCCAAGAACUUGAAAAGAAAAAGAAAGACCUUGGAGAAAUGACUGAACUGAGUGCACAGAAAGAGAAGCAGAUCAACAAUCUCAUAGAACAACUGGAUGCCACAAAUAAAUCUAUGGAGGCCAUAAACAGUAAAAUGUCAGUCGUUACUGGCAGAGCAGAGGAAAUGAAGGCUGAGCUUUUGAAUAAAACUGAGGAAGCUCAACAACUAAAAGAGGUUUGUCAUAAUGCAAAAAGGAGUUUAACAGAGCUCACAACUAAGUUCACACUUGCCCAGGCUCAAGCUAAUGAGCUACAGAAACAUUUGACCAAUGAGCAAAAGAAAAAUGAGGCAAAGUCAUCUGAAGUGGAGCAAUUACAGAAAGAGAUUACACAGCUCAAAUGCACAUAUGAAGAGCUUUUGUGCAAUUUUAAUGAGCUGCAGUCUGUGAAAUAUGCCCUUGAACUAAAGCUCGAGAGUCAAUGCCUUGACACUCAAACUGUUGAAGAAAACAUAAAGAUGAGUGAAGAAACGGCUCAGGAGCUGUUGAACAAAAUGGAGCAAACUAAAAAUGAAAAACACCAAUUGCGCCAUGAACUUAACUCCAUCAAGACCACUCUUCAUCACAAAUGUCAGGAAAUUGAGAUUUUGAAAAAGAACCUUGAGGAAAACGGCAAGAAUUUGCUAGAUGAAGUGUCAAAAAAGGAAAGAAGAAUUAGGCUUAUUGAAGCUAAGAGCAAAUUACUGAAAAAGCAAGUGGCCAAACAAACUGCCAAGUCCACUGAACUACAGGAUGUGAUCAACAAUCUCCAAGAAGAAAACCACAGUCUAAAAAGGGUGCAUGAGGAGGAGCAUCAGAUACUACUUGAAGAUCAGCAAAACAAAUCAGCAGUUGCCCGAGAGUUGGAGAUUGAGGUUCAAAAGCUGAGGUCAGAAACAGAAGAGGCCAUCAGGUGCCAAGAAGAUACAGAGCUGAAAUGCCAAAACAAGAUCGCUGAUAUGGUCACACUCAUGGAGAAACACAAAAGCCAGUACGACCGCAUGGUCGAAGAAAAGGACGCUGAACUCCAAGUAAACAAGGAAAAGGAGAUGAAAGCUAUUGCUCAUGGAAAAAUAUUGAAGCAGGAACUGUUAAAGCAAAAGAAAGAAAAUGAUUCUUUGAAGAAGGAGCUAAAGGAGCACAUAAAAGAGAAGGAAAACCUGCAGAAGGAACUUUUCAACUUGAAGAAUGAAAAGAAAAACACCCAGACACCUGUUGAGAGCAAACAGUUACCCAUAAAUGGCAAUAAAAAGGAAGAAGAAUCCAAAACUCCAAUGGAGAGCCUUUUGAAACUGUACAGAUUUGAGUUUUCCAAGGCCAGAAAAACACCCUCCUCAACCAAAGACGAGUGUUGUGCUGUUGCUGGGAAAAGUGCAUCGGAGACCACAUCAGUGCUGACUUCAUGUCAAACAACACCAAGGAGUGCGAGUUUCCACAGUAAUAAUGUGAAAACACCCAAAAGUACUGCAAGUCGAUCUACAUCAAAGAUUAAAUCUUACAGAAUUCGGACUCCACCCUCUACCGAAAAGCAAUCGGCCUGGGUAAAAGGCACCAUUGAACUAGACCCAAAGUCAGACAGCUCAGGUCAAGGAGACCUCUUGAUGUUUGCAAAUACGUCUGCUCCCAUAGACUCAGCUCCACACGCCAAUGACAACUUUUUUAAGAGCCAGAGUCCUCUAAACUUGAAAUCACCUAAAAACAACUUGAAGCUAGCAGCUAUGAAAAGAAUGAGAGAUGCUGGUUGGAGCGCGGUCACAGGAAAUGACAAAAAAAAGAGGACCAAUGAAAAAAUAUUUGCCUAAACAGUGAAUGUUGUUGUAGGUUGACUUGUUAGCAAGGUGUCAGGUCAGAAACAUUAGUUGCACAAUGCUUGUUCAUAGGCAUUAUAGGAU